AAGGCUCACUAAUGGCGAUCGGCUGCUAACUGCAGAGAAAGCAUGGGGGUGUGCUGUGUUUACAUUGCGAAGUCUCUCUUUUUAUGAGCUUCGGCGCUUCUUGUUAAAAGCUGUGUCACCUGCGAAAGCCAUUUAAGGAGUACCGUGACACCGCCCGCACUUUGAAAUCCUCACCGGCAUCGAGUUAGUUGUCGGCGCUACGUCGAAAUCUCGGAACCUGUGCAUUCGACUGCUCUCAGCCGCUGUCUGAACCAUGUCUAGGCAAGCUGUUCGGAGUACGGACCCGAAAAAAGUGAGCUCCGAGCUCUUCACACUCACCUAUGGAUCUCUGGUGGCUCAGAUGCUGAAAGAUUACGAGAGCGACGAGGAAGUUAACAAGCAGUUGGACAGAAUGGGCUACAACAUAGGUCUUCGGCUGAUCGAAGACUUCCUGGCUCGAACAAACGUGGGCAGGUGCUACGACUUCCGUGACACAGCUGAAAAACUUCAGAUGGCCUUCAAGAUGUACCUGGGCAUAAGUCCAUCCAUCACAAACUGGAGCCCCGCAGGGGAUGAGUUCUCGCUGAUUCUUGAGAGCAAUCCACUCACCGAGUUUGUAGAGUUGCCUGAGAGUCACGUCAACCUGAAGUAUAGCAACAUUAUCCCUGGGGUGGUUCGAGGAGCUCUUGAAAUGGUUCAGACAGAAGUGGUUGCCUGUUUCGUCCACGACCAACUGAAAGGCGACUCUACUUCUGAGCUGCGAGUGAAGUUUGUGAGGCGGCUGGAAGACGCCAUUCCUGCGGGCGAGGACUGAAUAGAAAAAAGAGACACUGCCCUUUUGUUUUCACAAUAGUGCAUCAUUGCCUCAACUGUUGAUAAUAAAGCAGCCAUACAUUCCUUGAGAUAA